CAGAAAUCAACUGGUUCACUUCUAGGUAUCGUAGGAGUUGACGGUUGACAAUCGACUCCAUGAUCUUUGAGAAUAAGGAGGUGAUGGCUAUGGGCCUAUAGUUAGCUGGAUCUGAGCGUUCUCCCUUCUUAGGGAUCGGAUGAACCAAAGCCGUCUUCCAAAGUUUCGGGACUACACCUGUAGAGUAGCAGUACCGGAAAAGACGCGUUAGUACCGGAGCCAACUCAGGUGCACACGUCCUGAGCACAAUAGCAGGAAUACCGUCAGGCCCACUCGACUUGUGGAUAUCUAGGGAGAAAAGAGACUUACGUACCAGCUUUUGGGUAAAUUUUACCUCUGGCAUAGAAGUCUCACACCGCGAGAUGACCGGCGGUGAUUGCUCCCUAUCGUCCAGUGUCGAGUUGGAUGCAAAAAGAGACCCAAGGAGAUCGGCCUUCUCUUUAGCAUGUUGGGCCAACGAGUUAUCCUCUCUGCGCAGUGGUGGAAAAGAUGGCUGACAGAAAUUUCCCUGAGCAGCCUUGGCAAGAGACCAAAAAGCCCGGGAUCCAGAUGGAAGACUGUUCAGUCUCCUACCAAUUCUGCUGAUGUGCUCCGACUUUGCUGUGGCUAUAACUCUUUUGAAGGACCUGGAAGCGGAGUUAUACUUCCUUUUAUGGGCACUGGGAUCUGGAUCACUCGACUUCACAGCUGCAAUCCAGGCACGGAAGCAUUCCUGCUUAUGGCGAGACGCCGAUCUACAGGAUCCGCCAUACCAGGACUGAGAUCUACCACCGACAGGUACCAGGGAAUUUGGAAUAAACAUCUCCAUUCCCUGAAGUACUACAUCGGUGACAGAUUCAGCUAUUGCAUCGGGAUCGUCCAGUGCGAAGCAAACUCGCCCCCAUGGGUAAGAUGCAAAAAAACUUCGCAUCUCAUCCCAAUCUGCCGACUUAAAAUGCCAAACACGACGUCGACCAAUAGAUCGCGGCAAAGAAGGACGCGUGAGAGGCACUUCGCUCCGUAUCAGACAAUGAUCAGAGGAUCCCAGUGGGGCUUCCACAGAGAUCUGAUAUCCGUCCGGAUGAGAAGUCAGCAGAAGGUCUAACAGUGAAGGUAUAUGGUCAACAACAUCAGGAAUUCGCGUAGGCGAGGAUACCAGUUGCGUCAAACCAUAUGCCAAAGCAAAGCCAUGAACAGAUCUCCCCGCAUAGUCGGUGGUACGUGAACCGAGCCAUUCAGCGUGAUGGGCGUUGAAGUCACCUAGAAUCACGACCUCAGCGGAGGGAAUCUGUUGGAGCAAAAAAUCUGUAGCCAUUUGGACGUGUUCAAUGAGUCGGUCAGUUUCGGUGUUACCGCUAUGGGACCUGUAUAAGCAUGCAUAGAUGCGGGGGUGGUCAUCGCAAUCUACACGCAACCAUAAAAUGGACAGGUCAGUACCUUCAA